UGAGCAUGAAUUAUACGAACAUUAAGAUAAAAGGAAGAGGUGAAGCUCAAACUGGCUAUGCUAAGAACCACGAUUUGCAUAUCAAAAUGUCGACUCAAAAUCAUAUUCCAAGGGAAAUUUUAAGAGACAUGAUGAGGAAGAAAAGGAAGCUAAAUAAAUAAGUUAAAACUGCCUAAUAUGUUCAACAGUAAUCCUAUGAACAAGGAGUUGUCUUAAUUUCAAACACUGAGAUUCACAAGACAGCCAAUUUCUCACCCAGAAUAAUGAUGAAUGAUAUAAGCUACAUUCUUAAGAAAAAUUCGGAAUCUGCAACAAGAUCGUUUUAUAAUAGCCCACGGUUUAUAUCUCCUAUGAACAAGACUUGCACAACACUAAACCCAGGACAGAAUGGUUUAGGCAAGAAUGAGUACCACUAGGCGAUUUCAGGGACAACCAUAGGAGAAACCCUCUUACUCCAAUGAACAAGGAUAAUGAGAACAUCAGAUCGACCUCUCAUGUGAAGUUUCAAGACCUCGCUGGAUUCCUGAAAGUUAACAAGUCAAAAAUCACACAAAAACCUAUCUUCUCAAGAUCAAGACGAAUAACUCCUGUCGUGAGCAGAGUCAAAGAACCCUGUUCCAGGAGGUUGAUCAUGAAGAAGCAGAAAUAAGGAUGUCAAAAAGAUGGACCAUUUAAUGCCAGUAGACGACAAUAACCCUAAAACUAUCUUAAACUCCUCCACAGAGUACAGCUGCAUUGACAAAGAAUACGAUGAUAUCUACUUAAACAGCCAAAACGCAUCUGAUAGCGUCAGAAAAGUGAGGAUGAAGCCUAUUAAUAAGUUUGGGUAUUCCUCCCCUAUCCAGAGCCCACUCCUCGGCUGAAGCUCAUACUUCGGAGCUCAUAAAGGCUCUAUACACCAUGGGAAGAAAUUUGAGAAUAAAUAUAGAAAACAAAUCUCCAAAUUUAGUGCUAAGAGCAACCAAGAUAUCUUUGAGCCGCUCAAAAUUGUAAAAAGGUUUGACACUGAUCUUGGAAAUGCUCAUUCAGGCACAGCUAAAAAGCAAAAUGCAGAUUUGCUUUAA